AUGGAUAUUCGUGCAGUAGUUGCGAUAGAUUUUGGUACCACAUUUUCGAAUGUUAUUAAAUGGGGAAAUCCUGCUUUGGCCCAAAGACAAUCCGUAAAAGUAAAGAUUCAUCAUCUUCAAAAACUGAAUGUAGGAAAGUUGGUUAAGGAAACUAUUUCUACUCGAUGGCAAGGGAUAAAAUUCUUUGAGCAUGUUCUUCUUGUUAUAAGCAUUCCAGCAAAGUUUGAUGAUCGUGCAAAAGAUACUAUGAGAAAAUGUUUUCAUAAUGCUGGACUGACGAACAGUAAAGAAUCAAAUAAGUGGGAAAAGAGGAAAACUUUUAAACUUCAUUUAGAAAUUCCUCAAAAUGAAAAACCUCCACUUCCUUAUCAGUUAAGUUAUGAAAAGACAAUAAGUGAUUAUUUACGCGAAUUAGGCAAAUGA